GCAUAAGUAUCCGUGCAGGUGCUUCAGUCAGAGAGGAGAGGCUUUCAGAGACACUUCUCGGCAACAUGUCUGGAGAUUAUUUUGGAUUCUCCUUCAUAAGGAGCGAUGCAAGAAACACCACGAACGUUGUCCUCAACAAUGCAGCAGAUAUCUCUGUGAUUGUAAUUUACUUUCUGGUGGUCCUCGGUGUGGGGAUAUGGGCUAUGGUCCGCACCAACCGAUCCACUGUCGGUGGCUUCUUCCUUGCCGGCAGGAGCAUGGUGUGGUGGCCGAUCGGUGCAUCGCUCUUUGCCAGCAAUAUCGGCAGUGGCCACUUUGUGGGAAUCGCUGGGACUGCUGCAGCUGAGGGAAUCGCAAUCGGUGGAUUUGAAUGGAAUGCUCUUAUAGUGGUCGUCAUCCUGGGAUGGCUCUUUGUGCCGAUCUACAUCAAAGCUGGGGUAGUCACCAUGCCUGAGUACCUAAAGAAGAGGUUUGGAGGACAGCGUAUCCGCAUCUAUCUCUCUGUGCUGUCCCUUUUCCUCUACGUUUUCACCAAGAUCUCAGCAGACAUGUUCUCUGGCGCCAUUUUUAUCAACCAGGCUCUUGGCUUGAACAUCUACCUGGCUGUUAUCAUGCUGCUGAUGAUCACUGCGUUGUACACCGUCACAGGUGGACUGGCAGCGGUGAUCUACACAGACACUUUACAGACUAUCAUCAUGGUUGUUGGAUCCUUCAUCCUCAUGGGCUUUGCUUUCCACGAGGUGGGAGGCUAUAACAACUUCCAGGAUCUGUACAUGCAAGCCAUUCCUAACAUCACAGGUAACAUCGACGCGAAAUGCUACGAGCCACGGCCAGACUCCUUCCAUAUUUUCAGGGAUGCCAUCACAGGAGACCUGCCGUGGCCCGGCCUCGUCUUUGGACUCACUAUCCAGGCCACCUGGUACUGGUGUACUGAUCAGGUGAUUGUCCAGCGCUGCCUCUCAGCCAAGAACCUAUCUCACGUGAAGGCGGGCUGCAUCCUGUGUGGCUACCUGAAGCUGCUGCCCAUGUUCCUCAUGGUUUUCCCUGGCAUGAUCAGCAGGAUCCUCUAUCCCAAUGUGGUGGCAUGUGUGGAGCCGGAAGAAUGUCUAAAAUACUGUGGGGCCAGUGUGGGCUGCACCAACAUUGCGUAUCCCAAACUGGUGGUGGAUCUCAUGCCAAAUGGUCUGCGAGGUCUCAUGCUGUCUGUGAUGCUGGCGUCACUGAUGAGUUCACUCACCUCCAUCUUCAACAGUGCCAGUACUCUCUUCACCAUGGACAUCUACACGAAGGUCCGCCGCUCAGCCAGUGAAAGGGAGCUCAUGAUUGCCGGCAGAGUGUUUAUCGUGGCCCUGAUCGGUGUGAGCAUAGCAUGGAUCCCCGUGGUGCAGUCAGCCCAGAGUGGUCAGCUCUUUGACUAUAUCCAGUCCAUCACCAGCUACCUCACACCGCCCAUUGCAGCGGUCUUCAUGCUCGCCAUCUUCUGCAAACGUGUCAAUGAGUCUGGUGCGUUCUAUGGACUCACGAUCGGACUGGCUAUCGGCCUGUCCAGGAUGAUCACCGAGUUUGCUUACGGGACGGGCAGCUGUGCUAGCCCCAGUAGCUGCCCCACCAUCAUAUGUGGAGUGCACUACCUCUACUUCUCCAUCAUUCUGUUUGUCAUCUCCUGUAUCAUCAUCCUUGGAGUGUCUCUCAUGACAAAACCCAUCCCUGACAAGCACUUGUAUCGACUUUGCUGGAGCCUGAGGAACUGCACUGAGGAGAGGGUAGACCUCGAACAGGAUGACUGGACUGAUAACCAAGAUUCCAACAUGGAGAUAGAUGAACCAGAGGAGGAACCAGGUUUGUGCAAGAAGGCAGUGAUGUGCUUCUGCGGUCUAGAGCAGCAAAAAGCCGCCAAGAUGACCCCAGAGGAGGAGGAGGAGCUUCAGAGGAAGCUCACAGACACCUCAGAGGUUCCUCUCUGGAGGAACGUUGUCAACGCCAACGCUAUCAUCCUGCUAUGUGUGGCCGUUUUCUGUCAUGGCUUCUUCGCUUGAAGAAAAACUCAAGUGCUCUCAGAUUAUCUAUUUUUAAGCGACAGGAUUUUUCUCUGAAUAUAAUUUAUGACCACAUGAAGUGUUGCCCUGAAAUACUCUGAAAUAAGAUAAUGCACUUCUAUAUGGGGCGCUGAAGGUAAAACUCCUGACUGUUGACUGUGUACAUACAAAUACACAUUACACAUAUAAAAGGUAAACAUUAAAUGUAAAUAUUACACAUAAAUCUAAACAUUCAGUCUAAAUCUGAAUGUUAAAUCUAAACUGAUCGCAGAGUGUAAAGCUAAAUAUUUCGAUUAGAUAGAUUUAAUAUUUAGGUUUAACAUCUAACAUUUAAACUUAGCUUCAUCUUUACGAUUUGGAUUUUACGUUUAGAUUUAGCAUUUUAAUUCAACAUCUAACAUUUUAUUAUACAUAAACUUAUUUUUUUAACAAUUUCUCUCAAAUGUAAGAAAAAUAAGAUAAAUGUAGAAAAGACAUCAGUUUAAAAACCACAGUCAUUUAUUUCUACAUCAGCGCCACAUACUUUUCUAUACCAAAUCAUUAUUACUAUGCAUACUGUACAGUUGUUUGGUUUCUGAACUCGUCCAGGACAUUAAAUGUAUUUUUGUAAAGUAUGUAACUAUACAAAACCUGUAAAAAAAAAAAAAAUUAAAAAAAAAACUAAAAAAAAACUUUAGAUAUGUAAUUUUUAAUUUUGGUAAACUGUCAUUUUGUAGCUUGAAGUAAACCAGAAAACAAUACUCUGAGAUAUUGACACUCUUUGUGUAAUCCAAUAAACUGCCCCCAGUGAUGUCGCUCAGUUGCAUUGUGGAUAAUGUGGGCACCAUGUUUUUGAAAAGGAAGAAGAAUGCCAGGAAUAUAAAAGGUGAUAACUUCGGUUAAUAAAUGACUCUUAAAAUCAAGUUAAUAUGGUGCAUUAAGAUUCAUGCAUGUAUUUCCUGCUCAUUGUUCUGACCCCCUGCAGUCCUCCAGUGUCAGCUUUGGGUUGUGCUUCCUUAAAAACGUCCUACUGUUGCCUUUGUGUUGUGUUGUUGUCUUGUCUUCACCUGCCAGGCUGCACUCACUCUGCCAGUCCUUAAUAAAAUGAUUAUAUCAUAUCAAGGUAGUAAGCUAUUUAAUUCAAGCACUUAUUCUUAGUCACACUGGUAAGUGAAAUGUAAAUGUUGAUUUUCAGGAUGCUGCACUAAAUCAUUAAAAAAAAAAAAAAAAA